AUGUGUUUGGUCGACGUUGGUACCGAGGUACCCCUGACACAAGCCGAGAAAGAUGGGGCUGUGACUACUCAUAAUAACUAUAGAGAGAAUGUCAGUCCCAAAGCUACCAACAUGCAGAAAAUGGUUUGGGAUGAUGAGUUGGCAACAAUUGCAACAAAAUGGGCUCAACAAUGCCGAAGUGGUCACGAUACUGGUAAAUCAAGGAAGACAAUAUGUAAGUUCCCUUCUUUUACUAAUAUGGCGGCUGGUUACUCUGAUCUUAAUGCAGCUAUUAAAGGUUGGCAUGAUGAAGUCGUUGAUUACCAGUUUGGUGUCGGGUCUAUCAACGGUAAAGCCGUUGGACAUUACACUCAGGUGGUUCAGCAUAUGUCGUCAAGAGUCGGCUGUGGUAAAGCUAAUUGUCCAAAUACCCCUUACGGAACGUAUUAUAUUUGCAACUAUGCUACUGGGCAAGGCAGUAUUAACUAUCCUUAUAAAUCUGGCACCAGCAGUUGUUCUGAUUGUCCAAAUUAUUGUCAAGAUAACCUUUGUGGUAAGUUGUAG